GAUAUGUGUACAAAAGGCAGUUGGAAAUGAACAUUUGGUGUUUUGCAGAAAGGUGUGGAUUCUUGAUUUGUGAUUUAUUUCAUUUCACAGUGUGUGUGUGUCCAGUGUAUUCAUAACUUUGCUGAGGGGAGUGGGAGAGAUCAGUGGGGGAAGAUGUGAACUCCCCCUUGGUGAUCUAGAAACUCAGCUCCCUGGGAGCCAGCACCUCAUUAGAUUUGUUUACUGUGGUAUCUCCAGUGUCCUGCCAGUGCCUGGUAUGUGGUAGACUCUCAAAAACAGUUAACAGGAUGAAGAGAGAUGGUCUCCAGUGGGAAGACAAGAGGACUGAGGUAGAACUGGAUGUCAUUUGUCCGAGUGAACCGUUACGGCUCCCGGGGAGGAGGAAGGAAAGCACUGAAAGUAAAGAAGAAAACGGCAGUGAAGCAAGAAUGGGAUAAUACUGUGAAUGAUCUAACAGUUCAUCGGGCAACUCCUGAAGAUCUGAUACGCCGACAUGAAAUACACAAAUCGAAGAAUAGAGCACUAGUACACUGGGAACUCCAAGAAAAAGCUUUGAAGAGAAAAUGGAAGAAGCAGAAACCGGAAAUUUCUAAUCUUGAGAAAAGGAGAUUGUCUAUCAUGAAGGAGAUUCUUUCUGAUCAAUACCAGAUGCAGGAUGCAUUGGAAAAAUCUGAUCAUUUGAUGGCUGCAACCAAAGAUCUGUUUGUUGAUUUUCCUCGUAGGCGCACAGGGUUUCCGAAUGUAACAGUGGCUCCUGAUUCCUCUCAAGGGCCCAUUGUGCUAAAUCAAGACCCCGUCACCCAGGCCAUCCUUGAUGACUCUGCUGUGGAGCCUCAGGCUCUUAACGAAAUAGAUGAAGAAGAAGAAGAAACUGUUAACAGCCAGUCAGAGGAAAGUGAGAAUGAGUUGGAUAACUCUCUAAACUCUCAGUCUAACAUGAAUGCAGACAGAGAGAAUAGAAGGGAGGAGGAGAGGCAGAGAGAAAGAAACAUCGAUGUGAAAGAGAUACAUCGAUUGGUUGCCUCCUAUACAUGCCUCAACCAGGGCAGGGAAUCAAGCCUGCAACCCAGGUUCCUUCACCAACUAAAGGAAGAUAAUUCUGAGAUAAUUAGUAAACUGUGGACUGAUAUUCAGCAGAAAAUAGCAACACAGUCACAAAUAACAAGCCCUCUAGGGACUCCAUCAUCCACCUCUCCAUCAGAGGAAAAAAAAGCUGCUCUGAAUGCGACCAAUGCUGUCAAGAGAGUCCACACCAGGCUUCAGCCUGAAGAAUCUUCUGAGUCUCUAGACUGCAGCUACGUUGUGGGACAAGUGCUGAACUCCAGGAAGCAAAAGCAGCUGUUAAAUAAAGUGAAAAGAAAACCAGAGUUGUGUGCCCCUUCCAAGCAGAAGGGAAACAUGCUGUCAUCUAGCACAGCCUCCACAGACUUAUCAAGUAGCACCAAUCCCAGCCUGGAUGUCCUCAAGCACAUGAUACAUGAAGUGGAACACGAAAUGGAAGACUAUGAGCGGUCGACGGGACGCGAAGUCAAGGAACCGCAGAGCAGCAAGGGUCUUACAGGCUUCACCCUGUCGCUGGUGAGCUCCCUCUGUCGCCUGGUUCGGUACCUUAAAGAGAGUGAGCUCCAACUGCGUAAAGAAGAAGAGACAAGGCAGAAAUUGGAGCAGGCAUUAGGUGAUCAUCGAGAGCUCAUUGAUGCUCUGACAGCUGAAAUUCUACUUCUUAGAGAAGAAAAUACUGCUACCCAGGCGAGACUUCAGCAGUAUAUGGUCACAACAGAUGAGCAGCUUAUAUCGAUCACACAUGCCAUUAAGAGCUGUCCAGUGAUAAAUAACAACCAGGCAAGUCUGGCAGCAGAGAGGGGAGCCACGAGUAGUAGAAUUAUGGACAAUCCAGAGGCUUCAGUUGUCAAUGCUAAUGUCUCCAUGCCAUUGAUGUUUCGAGGGGAAGAAGUGCGUGAAUUCCCACAGGAAGACUUGCCUGUUAAACUAUCUCAAGUGCCAAACCCUCCAGAUAGUGUGAAUCUGGCCAACAAUUUUCCAGCACACAUAUUUGAGCCAGCUGUGUUGUUAACACCACCCCGGCAGAAGAGCAACUCAGAAUUCUCUCCUCUGCAGGAUGUAUUGAGGAGGACCGUUCAAACUCGUCCUGCUCCACGAAUUCCUCCAACUGUGGAAAUAAUUGAGAAGGAGCAAAAUUGGGAAAAGAAGACCUCACCGCCCAGCACAGAUAUUCAGAAUUCAAGCGACGAGAGUCAUCUCUUCACCCAGAGGUGGAGGGUCUCUCACAUGGGAGAAGAUUUGGAAAACAAAACCGAGGCUCCUUUUGUCAACCUCUCACAGCCCCUGAGCAAUUCCCUCUCAAACACUCAGCAACCCAGAAACCCUGCAUUCUCAGAAGAGCCCCCAGUACAGGGGGAUGGGCAACAGCUUAGAGCAGAUGAGGCAUUACUACAAAGAAAGAACAUCAUGGCCCAAAUUGCUGAGUUGACACUGCAGAAUUCAGCUAUCAGGGCUCAUCUGAAUAAUAUUCUUUGGCCAGGGGGAGAGCAAGGGGAUGGACUUCGGGAGUUAAACAAACAGGAGACAAGUCAUACAAGCAACAUGAGUGCUACUUUUCCAGCAACACGGCCUCUAACACCAAAUAGCAUGGAGGAGCGGAUUGCAGAACUGAACCGGCAGAGUAUGGAGGCUCGCGGAAAGCUCUUGCAGUUAAUAGAGCAGCAAAAACUUGUUGGUUUGAAUCCUUCCCCUCCACCGACAUCACCUAUUCAGUCACCUCUCAGAGCUUGGACUGAUUGGCCACAAAUUCCUGAUUUAAAAGAAGGAGGAAAGAGGACAAUUGAAAUAUCUGUUCCAGGAGCAGAAGCCCCAGAAACCUCGAAAUGCAGUACUGUCUCUCCUAUCAGUGGAAUAAAUUCAAGAAGAUCUUCAGGGGCUACUAGUAAUUCUUGUUCUCCAUUAAAUGCCACCUCAGGAAGUGGGCGAUUCACACCUGUUAAUCCAAGAGCAAAGAUUGAGAAACAGAGUGAAGAAGGCUGGUUUGCUCUCUCCACCCACGUGUCAUAAGUGAGGUCAGAUUUGACCGGUUGUUUCCAGUGGUAUAUUCUUGAGCUUCCGUUCCCCUUUCCCUGCGUUCAAGUUUUUGUCCUUCUUUCAGCUAAAACCUACAGAGACCCUGUGACUUUGUACAAAUAGAACAAAGAAAUAAAGCAAUUAUUUUAUUUUUGACCUUUCAAAUAGAUUUUCAACAACGAACCAACCUGCAACCUCCUGCAAAUAAAAUGUUGACUAUAGGGAAAUUAAAGUUUCAUAUGCUAGUAAUUUCCUAAGUACUUUAAGGUUUUUCUUUCUACUUCUUUUUUAAUCCUCAUCUGAGGAUAUUCUUUCCAGUGAUUAUUUUUUUAAAAAAGAGAAUGGAAGGGAGACAGUGGAGGGGGAGAGAGAAACAAAAUCGCCAGAGAGACAAAUGGUUUGGUUGCUUCCCGCUCACGCUCUGACGGAAGGGUGGGGAUCAAACCUGCAACCAAGAUAUGUGCCCUUGGCCAGGAAUUGAGCUCUUGACCCUUUGGUCUGUGGGCUGAUGCUCUAACUUAAGGUUUUUCUUGAGUAAUAUAUUAUUACAUUUAUCGUAUUUAUUCAGGUUUUUUUUAGUGUAGUAUAUCUUAAAUGUUGAUCUAUUUAAUUUUUAUUUUUACUUUCUGAAGAACUUAGUUGCUUUGCAUAUAACUUACAAUAAAAUGCCUUUGUGUGAUUAAAGUCUGGCUUUCAGGAAAGUUUAACACCCCUUUGGUUUUUUAUUUUGGGGAAGUCUCUGUAGUCUAUUACUUUUCCUGCUAAGUGGAAUGUGCAGCUUUCAAAAGUAGACAUGGGAGUAUUUGUUUAUAUUUGCUUCAGCAGGUAAGAGUGACUCUAUGUAUUGUAAAAUUCCUAUGUAGUCUUUAAAUGUGAAAGUGCCAUCAAUAAUGCUAAUGUAUACAAAAUAAAUAAUGAUCAUAGAGCUCAAAUGUCUAAAUGCAGUAACACUGAUUGAUUUGUAUAUUUAGUGUUUGAAACAGAAUUGAAUAUAAAACAUUGCUAUCAAUUUUCCCAGCCCUUAAUCUACUAAGCACUCUGGGUAGGUCUUUCUUCAGGGCACCGGUUUGGCUCUCAGAUAUUGGUUUCUAUUUUAAACUUGGUUUUUGAAUUAUUCCUUGGCUGUAUAACAGGAAUUUUCAACCUAAGUGAGGUGGUUAUGGGGUGGGGGAAGCACGUCGAGACUGCGUACUUGGUGAACAUUCUCCGGUAAAUACCUUCCCUUCUCCUGCAUUGCGGUCACUGUUCUAGGAAGUGUCCUAUGCAGCUUUCAUUUGGGCUUCAUUGUUGUGGUGACCAAUAAUAAUAUUAUUUUCUUCUGGUAUCAUUAAUUUUAUUUACAUUAAGUCAUCUGUAUUCAUUUGCAUUACUGCAGAUUCUUCUAUCCAUAUUGCACUUUUUGAAACUUAGUACUUAAUAAAUACUAUCCCUGUCUGGGAUGCAAACCAUUUUAGUGUUAUUCCUUAUAUUACUGAAAUGCCAAGUUACCUGCUUGGCUUGUGAAUGCAUUCUUUUUUUUUUUUUUUAAAUCCUCAAUUGAGGACAUUUUUCCAUUGCUUUUUAGGGAGAAUGGAAGAGAAAGGGAAAGACAGAGAGAAACAUCGAUGUGAGAGAAAUACAUUGAUUAGUUGCCUCCUGCACACACCCUGCCUGACUAGGGUUUGGGCUGGGGAGGAGCCUGCAACCGAGGUAUGUGUCCUUGACCAGAAUUGAAUUCAGGACCCUUUGGUCCGCAGGCCCACUGAGCCCAACUGGCUAGGGCAGUGAAUGCAUUCUUUUGACAUGCAUUUUCCUUGUUCUCCAACUAGUUGGCUCUUUAUUCUCCCUCUCCCUUUAUAUUCCUAUAAACCUCAAUAGCCAUGAUUCUUAACUUUGGGAGCAUUUUAAAAAAUGCCAAAUUGACAACCCCAGGGGCUUGUUGAGGCUUUGGCAGCUAUUUUUAAAGGCUCAAAGUGAUUUAAUGUGAAGGCAGAGUUGAGAAAGAUUGCAAAAAACAUUUACCACAGCUCACUGGCAAACUGUGGGACUGGCAUUUAAGUAUCCACCUUGUCAAUGUUUGUCUUUGAUACAAAUGUAGAUUGAAGAAACUGCAAGAAUAUUAGAUACAGAGAAAAGAGCCUUUUUUUCUUAGACCUAAAGCAGUGCUUCUCAACUUUGGCUACCAUUAGAAUCAUCUGGGACCUUCUAAAAUUCCUAAUGCCCAAGUCUCGAUACAUAUCAAGUAAAUUAGAAUCUUUGGGGGCAGGACACAAACAUCAGUAUUUUUUAAAACCUAAGAUGAUUCUAGUGUACAGCCAACUUUUGGAAAUAUCAUUACAAAUACAUUUAUUAUCCCCUAAUCUUGAAUUGGUGCAUGCUUGGUUUAAUUUAAAACAUAUAUAUAUAUAUAUAUUUUGAUUUUAGAGAGGAAGGGAGAGGGAGAAAGAGAGAAAAACAUCAAUGUUGAGAGAUAAUCACUGAUCAGCUGCCUCCUGAUGCCCCCCACUAGGGAUUGAGCCUGCAUCCCAGUGACCUCCUGGUUCAUACGUCAAUGCGCAAGCACUGAGCCAUGCUUAAUUAACAGUUCAGUUGCUUAAAAGCCCUCUUUAUCAGCUUUCAGAGCCAACUGCAUCAGUGGGUCUCAAAGUCUGACCCCCUAAUCGGCAGCGUCAGCAGCAGCAUCACCUGGCUCAUUUCUUUUACAGAGUCUUUGAAUAUCUAUUCUGAACUGUCCUUGAAUAUAUAUUCUGAAACUAGAGGCCCGGUUCACGAGAUUAGUGCACUCAGAGGAGGAGGGUCCCUCAGCCCGGCCUGUGCCAUUUCACAGUCCGGGAGCCCUCAGGGGAUGUCUGAUUGCCAGCUUAGACCUGCUUCCCGCGGGGAGCGGACCUAAACUGGCAGCCGGGCAUCCUUAGUGCUGCCGCAGAGGCGGGAGAGGCUCCUGCCACCAUUGUGCUCUCCAGCCAUGAGCCUGGCUUCUGGCUGAGUGGCGCUCCUCUUGUGGGAGCACACUGACCACCAGGGGGCAGCUCCUGCAUUGAGUGUCUGCCCCUUGGUGGUCAGUGUGCAUCAUAGCGACUGGUUGUUCUGCCAUUUGGUCAAUUUGCAUAUUAGCCUUUUAUUAUAUAGGAUACGAUGGUACUUGUUAGAAAUGGAAAUUCCUGGGCCCUACUCAGAAACUCUGGUGUCUGUUUUAAUAAGCUCUUUCUGUGAUUCUGAUGCAUGCUCACAUUUGGAAACCAUUGGUCUAUAGCAGGGGUGGGCAAACUUUUUGACUCGAGGGCCACAAUGGGUUCUUAAACUGGACCGGAGGGCCGGAACAAAAGCAUGGAUGGAGUGUUUGUGUGAACUAAUAUAAAUUCAAAGUAAACAUCAUUACAUAAAAGGGUACAGUCUUUUUUAUUUUAUUUUUAGUUUUAUUCAUUUCAAACGGGCCGGAUUCGGCCUGCGGGCCGUAGUUUGCCCACGGCUGGUCUAUAGCAUUGUGGAGGAGUGAAUUCUGCUAUAUUUGGCUGUCAUAUACUACAUUUAUACUUACUUUUAAUAUUCCAAACUCAGAUUACUUGUGUUUCUUGUGUUUAGUCUCAAGGUUUUGCAUAACAUGUGACUUCUUCUCCAAUAUGCAAUAGAAAGCUGCUAAAUCCCUUGCCAAACUUUAAUAAUAUUUAUAGUUCUCCAAAUUGUAGCUUGAAGAAAAACUAGAUCAAUAAUUGUUAAAUCCACAGUUAUAGAUAGUAAAGUAACUUGGGUUAGCAGAAUUUAAUAAUAAUUUACUGUUUACUAAGUGCCAGGCACUAUUUUAGCCACUUUACAUGACUUCAUGACACAGAUACUGUUAUCCUUAUUUUGCAGAUGAGGUGCAAGGAGGUGAGUACUCUCUCAAGGUCAUCCACUAGGGGGCGGUGGCACUAGAAUGGGAACAGAGAUAGCCUUUCUCCAAAGCCUGUGCUAUGCUGCCAUCCUACAGUGUGUAUGGCUUGGAAGCAUCAUAACAAUAAUAGCUAUCUCUUAUUGAGCCAUUACUGUGUCAGGCACUGUACUAAGCUGCAAUAUCCCCAUUAUUUCAUUUAAAUCUCACAGUAAACCUAUGGUUAGUUGUUAAAUGCCACCCACCCCUCUUUAUACAUGAAGAAAUUGAGCCCUAAUGGUAAAAUAAAUUGCCCAUGUCAGAAUGCUUGUAAGAAAUAAAGGAUUUGAAGUUCUUAUUAAAAUAAUUAUUGGGCUUCUAACUUAUAGGGAAGAACUAAUAUAGCGCAGUGGUUAAGGAUACAAGUAUCGCAAUAGGAAAGCCUGGAUUCAAAUGCCAUCUCUGCCACUUGAGCUUUCCCUUGGGCAAAUUAAUCUCAUCUUUCCUAUUUGAAGUCAGAUAAUAUAUUUUUUUUCCUAUAAAGUUGGGAGGAUUAAGUGAAAUUAUACACACACACACACACACACACACACACACAUACACACGACCUAACUCACAACAAAUGUUCAGAAAUGAUAACUGCUAGGUUGUAGUGUAUAAAUAAAUACACCAUUUUCUCCGUUUCUAGAUUUUUAAAGACAUUUUGUAGUGAAUUGUUUUUCUCUGAUUAGCAACUGGACCCAGCACUUUUAAUUUCAGGGUAUUUCACCUGAAAAGAUGUUUGGAGGUUGGAAGAAAACGCUGAACAUGUUAUUUGAAAAUGUAACUAACAUGCUCUCUAAAAAUAAUUUUAUCAUAUGUUCUCUGAAUUUUCAUACACUCUGGAUACACUGCUUAAUAAUAGCAAGAAUAGGUCUUUUUUUUCUUUUUAUACUCAAGAAUACUUUCUAAAGAGAACACUUGAAUGUUACCAAUAAAUGCAUGGUAUAAAGUUUUUGGAAAGUUGUUAUGUAACAUUAUGGAAACCAAUAAACAAAAUGAAAUACA